ACGCGUGAAACGUCUUCGGUCUUGUAAAGAGACAGACACAUAUUCAGUACAAGCAGCAAGGUUAUUGCAAGACGACUUGAAGCUCAUUGAGUUCUUCCGGUUGACAUUCAACAUCCCUUCUGCCAAAACAUUUCACCAGACGACACCUCUACAACAGCCGUCGUCCAUAAACAUGGCCAGUACAGAGGGAAGUAAACUUUGGGGAGGUCGUUUCGUGGGAGAUACUGAUCCUAUCAUGGAGAAGUUUAAUGCGUCCAUCGCCUAUGACCAGAGGAUGUGGGAUGCUGACAUCCGAGGAAGCAAGGCUUACGUGAAAGCUCUGGAAAAGGCUAAGCUGGUCACUACCGAGGAGAUGAAUCAAAUUGUACAUGGGCUGGAUCAGAUUUCUGAAGAGUGGACCAAAGGUGUUUUUGUGCUCAAACCUGGAGAUGAAGACAUUCAUACUGCCAAUGAGCGCAGGCUAAAGGAGCUAAUUGGUGCUCCUGCAGGGAAGCUGCACACUGGCAGGAGCAGAAACGACCAGGUCGUGACUGACAUGAGGCUGUGGCUGAGAGAUGCCAUCUCAACCCUGACGGACAAUGCCCGACAGCUGAUAUCUACCAUGGUGGAGCGGGCAGCAGCAGAAAUUGAGAUCCUGUUUCCUGGUUACACUCACAUGCAGAGAGCUCAGCCAAUCAGAUGGAGCCACUGGAUCCUAAGUCAUGCUGUUGCUCUGAGCAGAGAUGUGGACCGGCUUCAGGAGAUCAAGAAAAGGGUUAAUGUUCUACCCUUGGGCAGUGGUGCAAUCGCUGGAACACCAUUUGAUAUUGACAGGGAGCUGCUGCGGAAAGAGUUGGAGUUUGAUGGUAUCAGUCUAAACAGCAUGGAUGCCACGGGCCAAAGGGACUUUGUUUUGGAGUUUUUGUUCUGGGCUUCGUUGUGUUUGACGCAUCUCAGUAAGAUGGCUGAGGACCUGAUGCUGUACAGCACAAAAGAGUUCUCCUUCGUCACACUCUCUGACGCAUACAGCACAGGCAGCAGUCUGAUGCCCCAGAAGAAGAAUGCUGACAGUCUGGAGCUGAUCAGGAGUAAAGCAGGUCGUGUCUUUGGCAGUUGUGCAGGGUUCAUGAUGACACUGAAGGGCCUGCCCAGCACCUACAACAAAGACCUGCAGGAGGAUAAGGAGGCCAUGUUUGACUGCUAUGAUACUGUUCAUGCUGUGCUGCAGGUGACAACUGGAGUCAUGUCAACUCUCAAGAUUAACCAGAGUGUGAUGGAAGCGGCCCUCAGUCCUGACAUGUUGGCUACUGAUUUGGCCUACUACCUUGUGAGGAAGGGGGUGCCAUUCAGAGAGGCCCAUGGCAUCUCUGGUAAAGCUGUGUUCGCAGCUGAAUCCAAAAACAUCCUCCUUAAUCAACUCACUGUGGAGGACCUGAGUGCUGUCAGCCCUCUGUAUGAAAGUGACGUGUCCUCAGUGUGGGACUACAGGAGCAGUGUGGAGCAGUAUAGCGCCCCUGGAGGCACAGCCAAGAGUAGCGUUACUGCACAGGUGGAACACCUGAGGAACUGGGUGAAGAAACAGGUUCAGUGACUUUGACCGAAUUUCACCUUAAAAAUUUGAAUCAGGUUUAUUGCCACCAUUUAGACUACCAAGUAUGAAAUGUCAGAUUUAGGUCAAAGUGAUAUUUUUAUGACUUUGAAAACCAUGUUGCCUUUCAUUCUCCCCCUCUUCUUUUAAAGUAAGUGUGCCAUGUCAGUUGGUUGAUAUGUGACCUAGGGAUGCUUUAAAUGAUCCUGCACAGAUCACAAGUGUUACAAAGGACCUGACCUGUGUAAAUGAGGGGACAAAAUAAAGAAAUGUUACUCAAA